GCAUCAUGCUGGCUCCGAAGAAAGGCCUGCUGUGCAACCUCAACCACAUCCAUCUGCAGCACAUCUCCCUGGGGCUGCACCUCUCCCGGCACCCAGAGCUCCAAGAGACCUCUGGCUCCAUGGGUGGAGGAGACCAGACCGGCUGCAGCGACUGCGCAGAGAACUGUGAGCAAGUGGAUGCCAAUUCCAACAAUCCCUCCUUGAAAUGCCGGUGUUGCGAGUCCCAUACUCAGCAGCCGGUGACGUUGGGUCUCCAGAACCAGGCAGCUCAAGAGGAUUUCCCCUGCCUGCAUGCUGGGGAGGAGGUGGCUUCCCCUUGUGAUGCCCCUUGUGAUCUGGCUUCCUCCUCCUCCUCCUCCUCCUCUGUCAGUAGCUGCUCGGAGUUCAGCUUGGAUGACUCCCCGGUCUCUGUGUACUGCAAGGGGUUCUCUAGAGAAGAGUCCCAGUCCCCUGAAAAUCAGCCCAAAGUCAGUCCCACAGGAGAUGCCCAGGAUGGCGAGUCGCUGGCUGACCAGGGUAGGACGUGUGAUGGAAGAGACGCCAACCUCAACCCCCCGGUGCUCCAGAGACCGGACGCCCUGGCUGGGGAGAGCCCGGACAGCCUCUGCAGCAGCAGCUCGCUUGGCUCCCAGUGCGAAGAGGCCUCUCCCAGCGCGGCGGCACAGGAGACCACCAGCUCCUGCGCCGACCUAGACCCUAACUGCAACCCCCUCCCCGACCCCGAUGCCGUGCCUCCAGCACCGCCUGCACCAGGACGGUGGGAGCCGGGUCUGAGCAGAGCUCCUGAGCCACGGCCCCGGGCUGGCAGCCUCCCCCCGCCCGUGCCCCCCCGGCCCCGGAGACGGCUGCAGGUUCUCAAUGGGCAAAGAGCAGAGCAACCGCUGCUGCCUGCGCGGCUGGCAGAGCCGGAGCCUGGCUCGGGUGACCUCUGCAGAGACGUGGGCAAGAAGACCAUCACCUCCUUCCACGAGCUUGCCCAGAAGAGGAAGAGGAACGCCGCUGGGCCCGCUCUUGCCCAGGCCAGGGCUGACCGGAGCGACUGGCUGAUCGUAUUCUCGCCUGACACGGAGCUGCCACCCCCCAGCGAGCUCCUCUCCAGCGCCAUGGGCCAGGAGCCAGCCCGGCCCCAGCUCCAGCACGACUGGCCAGCCAGACCUCCCAACUCCAGGCAGAGGGAGGUGACAACAUUCAAGGAGCUGCGGUACCGCAGUGCCUCCAACAAGCCCAAGGGCCAGCCAGCUGGUGAGCGGGCAGAGCUGGUGGCAUCUCAGCACUCCUCUGCACCCCUUGAGAUGGCUGUAGGCAGCGACGGCUCAGGCUGGGUGCCACCCGUGCCUCUGGGUGGACAACUGCUGGCACCUAUGGACAGCCACCAGCUGAAAAGGAGGAGAUCCCGACCGGGACUGCAGCCCAUUGCGGAGGGGCAGCCGGGGGAUGCAGAGGAGGGGGGGCUGGCACUGCGAAGCUGCCUUCCAGGAGAGAAGGGGCUGGGCUCUGGCUGCGAUAAAGAUGCCCUGGUUCGGAGGCUCAGGGGACCUGGCAGGGACUGCUGGGUGCCAGGGACGGUUGAGAGAGGAGACGAGACCUGCAAGGAGGCCAGGCCCUCGCCGUCCGCCACCGGAGCCGCCCCGGGCGCAGCCGGGCCUGGCGCGGGGAGCACGGAGGGAGCCCGCCGCCCCCGGGGAGAGCAGAAGAAAGCCCUGCUGAUCGCCGUCAGCACCGCCGUGGAUAGGAUUAUCGCCCACUUCAGCACCGCACGGAACCUGGUGCAGAAGGCCCAGCUGGGAGACAGCCGGCUCAGCCCAGAUGUGGGUUAUCUGCUGCUGCACACCCUCUGCCCUGCGCUCUAUGCCUUGGUGGAGGACGGGCUGAAGCCGUUCCAGAAGGAUGUUAUCACAGGCCAGAGGAAGAAUUCCCCCUGGAGCGUGGUGGAAGCCUCUGUGAAGUCAGGCCCCAACACCCGCUCUCUCCACUCCCUGUGCUGGCACGUGGCCGGGCUGGCCCCUCUCAACAGCACCAGACAGAAGUUUCAUGCCUUUAUCCUCGGCCUCUUGAACAUUAAGCAGCUGGAGCUGUGGAUCUCUCACCUGCAGAAGAGCCCAGGUGUAAUCUCCGUGCUGUAUUCACCCACGGCCUUCUUUGCCCUGAGCCAAGGCCCUCUUCCCCACCUCGCUGAUGAACUGCUGCUGCUCAUCCAGCCCCUCUCGGUGCUGACUUUCCACCUUGACCUGCUCUUUGAACACCACCACCUCUCCGUGGAUGUAAGACCCUUGUCCCGUCGGCUGGAGUCACCCCUGUCUCCUGCCCAUCACUCUGCUCAGGCUCGGGGGGCUGCGCAGCCUCCUCUGGAGGGCCAAAGCAGUGCUGCAGGGGCAAGCCUGGAAGAUGAGAUCCCCCCCGAUGCUCUGGGGAGGGCGGCCGGCGCGGAGGGCAGCACAAGGUCCCAGUCCCAAGCAGCUGUGCGUGGGCUGGUCCCUGGCCCCCAGGUAGGGGCUGCCCUGCAGCAGACCUUCCGGCACGUGCUGCGGUGGGGCGACCAGCUCAGUCGCGCUUUCCUGGGAGCUGACAGCUCCCCGGAGACCCACAGGCCCGAGGCAGGCCCUCAGGACACCGGGGCUGGCCUCAGUGGCUGGUGGGGCCAGCUGAGCCAAGCCUCCAGGAUUUAUGCUGCUCCUAGCAAGGAGAAGUUCCCCUUCGUCUGGUGGACAAAGCUGCAGGCGGCUACAGGGGAUUCCAGCCCCAGCCAGGCUGCACGAUCCCAAACAUCUGUGAAUGAGCCUAGAGGCACGGAGCUGCAGCUCCUUCAGACCAAAGCUGUCCCUGAACUCUCCGGUCUGACGCCCAGCAGCAGUGCUGACACCUCUGGGACCUCUUCCCCUGAAGACCUCAUCCUGCCUGCCAGAGCUGGAGCACCCACCAAGCCAGAUGGUCCCGCUGCUGGAGAGGAACUCCUGGCUGUUUCCGCAGAGCCUCGUGCGAAUAGGAACCAGGCAGCACCUUCUGACCCAGAGGCGGGUGGUCCUCCUGGUCCUGACAAGGGCAGCUGGCUGGGCCGGCUCUUUGGAGCCACCAGCCCCUCUGCCAGGAGCUUCCCUCCCAGUCCUGACACCAUCUCAGCUAGGGCGAGGAGACCUUCUAGCUGGCUGUCCCCCAGUGCGCGUGUCCUGGCCGUGGUGGUGAAGGGGCUGGCGUCUGAGAAGACCCAUGCUCAAGAACAGCCAGAGAGGAACACGUCUGACUUGCCCCAGACCCACAGGGCGGUUCGGGCACUGUGUGACCACACCGGCACCGCCGAUGGUCACCUGAGCUUCCAAAAAGGGGACGUCCUGCAGCUGCUCUCCACUGUGGAUGAAGACUGGAUCCGCUGCUGCCAUGGAAACCGCACUGGCCUAGUUCCUGUCGGUUACACGUCCCUCAUCUUGUGAGGAGGUGGAGGAGAUCUGAGGAAGCAGCUGAGCUUGCUGAAGCAGGUGCCACCUCCAGGGUGGACCAUCUCCUGCCACAUCUUCACCACCUUCAGGGUUUCACUACCUUUUGGGGCUGGUAGUUCUGCCCGGGACCCUGCCCUGGUGCCCGUCGCUGCUGCUCGUUCGCAUGACGUUACCGUCUGCUGUGGGUGCAUCCCACGAGCCACCGCCUUGCGUGUCCCCACAGACCUGCUGGCACUUCACCGUGGCUCCCGUUUGGGAACUGCUCUCGCUCGUGUUCCCUCAGCUGCUGUCCACGCCUGUGCCAGGGGAGGGAAGGACCCUGUCCCUGCGCAGUGCUCACAGUCCCGUAUGUUGUCUCCGUGCCGUCGUGUCCUGCCACCGCCGCCACCUCCACGUGCCCUGCUCUGCCCCGUGGCCGGGGCUGGUGGCCCAGGCCGGCCCCAGCUGCCGAUGCUCAGUCCCAGCACUCUGUAAAUAGUUGUAACCAAGGGAACGAGCUUAUUCUGGGGAGAAAGCUGGAAAUAAAGGUUGUGACU